GCAUGUCCCGGCCCUGCGGGCAGCGCCCGGUGAUGGAGACCGGCGAGGGCACGGAGGAGACCCCGCUGCCACUGGCGCUGACCAGGUUCCAGCUCUCCGAGGAGUACGGCUUCCUUCUUCCCCAUCCUCUGACAGAGCUGCCGGCGCCCUACGGUCCCUGGAUGGAGAUUGCCCACGACCUGCCCCAGCUGAUCGCGAGCCAUCGGCUCCGCUCACAAGUCCACCAGAUGCCGCAGCUGAGCACCCGGCACCUCCGAGGGCGCGAGGAGCUGCACUUGGCACAUCUGGUGCUCAGCUUCAUCACCAUGGGCUACAUCUGGCAGGAGGGCGAGGAGGGCAGCGUGAAGGUCCUGCCCCGAAAUCUCGCCAUCCCCUUCUGGGAGGUCUCGCAGGCCCUCGGGCUUCCCCCCAUCCUCAGCCAUGCGGACUUUGUGUUGGCCAACUGGAGGAGGAAGGACCCCAACGGGUCUCUGGAAAUCGAGAACCUGGACACCAUCAUCUCGCUGCCCGGGGGAGAGAGCCUGCGGGGCUUCAUCCUCGUCACCUUCCUGGUGGAGAAGGCGGCCGUGCCUGGCAUUAAGGCAAUCGUUCGGGCCAUUCGUGCCAUCCUGCAGCUGGAUGAGGAGACCCUGCAGCAAGCCCUGCAGGAGCUGGCAGAGGCCAUCGGGGACAUGAGCAAGGCGUUGAAACGGAUGCACGAUUACGUGGAUCCAGCAGUAUUUUACGCCGUGAUUCGGAUCUUUCUCUCCGGCUGGAAGGACAACCCCGCCAUGCCGCAGGGGCUGGUCUACGAAGGUGUCUCUGAGGAGCCCAUGGCGUACUCGGGAGGCAGCGCGGCGCAGAGCACCGUCCUUCACGCUUUCGACGAGUUCCUGGGGAUUCGGCACAGCGGGGAGAGCAACGCCUUCCUGCACAGGAUGAGGGACUACAUGCCCCCGCCCCACAGAGCCUUUGUGGAGGAGAUCCGCCGUGCCCCCUCCCUGAAGCAGCACGUCCUCUCCUCUGGAGACGCAGGGCUCUGCGCGGCUUUCAACCGGUGCGUCUCUGCACUGGCAGACUUCAGGUCCUACCACAUCACCAUCGUCACCAAGUACAUCACCAUCGCAGCAGCCAAAGCCAAAGCCGGGCGGGCAGAGCCGGGCGAUGGGGCUGGUCCCUCCGCGGGGAAGCCCCCGUCUGCACUGGAGACCAAAGGGACCGGCGGGUCCCACAUCUUCAGCUUCCUGAAGAGCGUCAGGGACACCACCAGGGAAGGGACAAUAAGUGUCUGACUUGCCCUGAGGGUUUGCGAGGCACUGCUCAAAGCGGGUGCAGGAGGCCAAACUGGUCGGGUGUGGUUUUGCCAAAAUCCGAUUGCAGAGACCUUCACCAAAACCCUCUCAGCAGCCCCCUUCCUGCUCGUGCACAUGUGGGACAUGGGGAACGUGAUCUGGGGUGUUGAGGGAGGAGAGCACCGCUGCUGAUAACCCCCAAAAGGCACGCAGGGACUGCAGCAUCCUUCCAUGAUACUGGGAUGGGCACAGCAUCCUUCCCAUGGCACCGGGAUGGGCACAGCAUCCUUCCCAUGGCACCGGGAUGCGCACAGCAUCCUUCCCAUGAUACCGGGAUGGGCACAGCAUCCUUCCCAUGGCACCGGGAUGGGCACAGCAUCCUUCCCAUGAUACCGGGAUGCGCACAGCAUCCUUCCCAUGGCACCAGGAUGGGCACAGCAUCCUUCCCAUGAUACCGGGAUGGGCACAGCAUCCUUCCAUCAUACUGGGCUCAGCUCAGCAUCCUUCCACGGCACCGAGAAGAGCCGUGUCCAUCCAAGCCCUGCUUGCUGCGUCCCACCAGGCUCGCUGCCCCUUCCCCGGGGUCGGGGCUGCCGGCGCGGCUGGACACGGCCGGGGUUUGUCCCGGCUGGAGCCCACACGGCGCCAGGGACACAGGGACCGGUAAAGCGGCGCUCCACAGACCCGCCGCGCUGCCGGGCCCCGUGUCCCUCGCGGAGCCGCGGCCCCGGCCGGCCCCGUCGCGACAUCCCGGCGCUUCUCCAUCGCGAGGUGGCGACAGAAACCUGCUUUUGGCUCCGCCGCCGCCGGGCUCCCCCGCAGCAGAGGAACGGGGCGGGGGGGGCGGGUAACGCAAACCACCGGCGGGGUCUGGGGGGGCUGCGGUUGCCGCCUGCGGGGGUUCCCUGCGACCCGCCGCCUUUGGCACCCAGACACGGCCCCCCCCCCCGCCCCCAGCCUUGUCGUUUUGACGCCAAACAGACGCGUUCCGCAGGAGCCCAGGGCCGCGGCCCCGGUGGGUCCCACGCCGCCGAGGCAGGCUCCCGCCAGCGAUUCCCGCCGGCCCGGCCAGCCGGACCCCGCACCGGCUGCUAACGGCGAGCCCGUUACCGGCCCGCGGGCUCGGGGCUGCCCAGCGCUUCUCUGUUACUUGUUUCGGUCCGAGGCAGGGUAUUUUCCGCUGAAAUGCCACCGCCCGGUUUGAGUAACAGGCAGAAUCUCACAAAGCUGCAUCCGCAGCGGGACCGCAAUUGCUCCCGGGGAAAGUCUGGGGACAAACGCCAGCUCUCCGGUCAUGGGGACGAUGCUGAAGGCACUCAAACCCAGGCGAGAGGGGAAAGCAGCCGAGGGAAGCGAGCAGGGCACGCGGGAAGGCAAGUCGAGGAGGCGGCUGCUGGCUUGGGGAUGCUGCGUUAGGGCAUAAGGUUUCACUCUGUUGCCAGCUUCGUUGCGGCUCCUGGUUUAUUAAGGGCUCGGGUUGUCACAGGGGCAAAGCUGCAACAUUUGGGCACACAGGAUUCACAUUCUUAAGUCUCAGCGAACAAUACCUGCUGUGGCAGGGGACGGGGGGACACACGGUUUCCUCAGCCAGCGAGGGAAAAAUGCCUCAGACAAAGUGCCUUUCACAGCGACUGCGCACCCCCAAAUUCCUUGGAAUCGGCAUCUUUAGGGAAAUCAGGCCAUAUGCCUCCGUGUUUUGCCUGCCCGGGUUCUGCUGGCACGGCCGCCCGAGACAGGCUUCACACCCAAUCAGUGUCUCGGUGCAAAAAUAGCUCUGGCGGUGCCACUUCUCCUGCACCAUCAGAAGAGAGUCAAGGUCCUUUGAAACGAGGCUUCGUUCCCACGAGGGCGACAAAAAGCUCGGCACACGGCAGCUUGAAUUAUUAAAGCUCCUUGCUAAAUUUUAUUUUGUGCCCUCUUUUGAAAGGCAGUCUUAAAACUGGGGCUUAGGGGAGACAUCGUCAGUAAACAACCUAUGGGGACCUGUCAGCACCUUUAAAUCUCUGCCUGGCAGCCCUCAUUCUACUCCAUCCUCAUUUCUGAAUAGCUGCUGCAUAUUUUAUGUAGGAAAUAUUUCAUUCUGAUGAUUGUCUUCAUCUAUUACAUUUCAGACCGUUGCAGGAAAACAGCAAAUUAAGACCGCGGAAAAAAAAUAAAUAUCACUCUGGCCAAAUAGAAAGCCCAGCCCGGACUGCAGGGAGCUGGUGCAGGCUGGCGCUGCGGGGGGCAGGCGUGGGCUCCAUGCGUGCUGUGACGUCCACGACCGCACACCAAGGCCAGUACCAGGAGGGGGAAAAGGGUCCCCGUGGGGGGAAUUUUAUUCCCGCUGCAAUCCCUGGCCCUGCCCCACACCGGACCAGCAGCAUCACAGCCACGCUCCAA